GCAAGAGAGGCGGAGAGGAAGCAGAGCUCCAUCAGAUGAAAUGAGGUGAAAGUAAUUCAGGCAUUAAUCAAGCCAGGGCAAAAGGGAGGGUAUACUGUGUGUUCUCCCCCCUCUUUCGCUGCGGAACUCAAAGACAAGGUGUGAAUGAAGGAGCCUACAGUGGCCAGCAGAGAAGCACCACUGGGUCACAGCAUCAAAUCAUGUCCGACUCGAACACCACUGCCGCUACCACCGCAGACCAGAAUGGAGCAGUUCCAGGUGAGCCGGUGAAGAAGGAUGAAAACUCCCGGAGAGGGAACUGGGGGAACCAGAUUGAGUUUGUCCUCACCAGCGUGGGCUACGCGGUGGGCCUGGGCAACGUCUGGAGAUUUCCCUACCUCUGCUACAGAAAUGGAGGAGGUGCCUUCAUGUUACCCUACUUAAUCAUGCUGGUGUUCUGUGGAAUCCCUCUCUUCUUCCUGGAGCUGUCCUUUGGUCAGUUUGCCAGCCAGGGGUGUCUGGGAGUAUGGAAGAUCAGCCCUGUGUUCAAAGGUGUGGGCUAUGGCAUGAUGGUGGUUUCCACCUACAUUGGGAUCUAUUACAACGUGGUCAUUUGUAUAUCCUUCUACUACUUUUUCCAGUCAAUGACACACUUGUUGCCAUGGACCUACUGUAACAAUCCCUGGAACACACCGGACUGCAGUGGCGUGUUUAGCAGCAACUUCACCACCAGGCUGGCUAACGUUAGCACCAGCCUGGUGGAAGGGGUGACUGAGGUAGUCAACCGCACCAAGAGGACCAGCCCCAGUGAGGAAUACUGGAAGCACUAUGUGUUGAACAUUUCUGAUGGUAUUGGGAACUUUGGAGAGGUUCGUCUCCCUCUUCUCGGCUGUCUGGCUUUGUCCUGGUUUGUCGUCUUUCUCUGUCUCAUCAGGGGCGUCAAAUCCUCUGGAAAGGUGGUGUACUUCACAGCCACAUUCCCCUACGUUGUUUUAACCAUCCUGUUCAUCCGUGGCAUCACCUUGGAGGGAGCCGUCAACGGCAUCAAGUACUACCUGACUCCACAGUGGCAUAAGGUCCUUGAUGCAAAGGUGUGGGGAGAUGCGGCCUCACAGAUCUUCUACUCUCUGGGCUGUGCAUGGGGCGGUCUCAUUACCAUGGCUUCCUAUAACAAGUUCCACAACAACUGCUUCAGAGACAGCAUCAUCAUCAGCAUUACUAACUGUGCGACCAGCGUGUAUGCCGGCUUUGUCAUUUUCUCCAUCCUGGGCUUCAUGGCACACAACCUGAACGUCCCUGUGUCCGAGGUGGCAGACCACGGCCCGGGCCUGGCCUUUGUUGCCUACCCAGAAGCCCUCACUCUGCUCCCCAUCUCCCCUCUCUGGUCACUGCUCUUCUUUUUCAUGCUCAUCCUUCUGGGACUGGGGACUCAGUUCUGUCUGUUGGAGACUCUGGUGACGGCCGUCGUCGAUGAGAUCGGAACAGACUGGAUCAUCAGGAACAAGACUGUCGUCACACUGUCGGUGGCCGUCAUUGGAUUCUUACUUGGAGUGCCACUCACAACACGGGCAGGAAUCUAUUGGUUGCUACUGAUGGACAACUACGCUGCUAGUUUCUCUCUUGUCAUCAUCUCCUGCAUCAUGUGCGUCUGCGUCAUGUAUGUUUACGGCCAUAAGCAAUACUUCAAAGACGUUGAGAUGAUGCUGGGCUUCCCUCCUCCUCUCUUCUUUAAAGUCUGCUGGAGAUUCAUCUCCCCUGUCAUCAUCUCUUGCAUCAUGAUCUUCACAGUGAUCCAGUACAAGCCCAUCACCUACAAUGAUUACGUGUUUCCCAACUGGUCUCUGUACAUCGGCUUCUGCAUGGCCAUGUCCUCGGUGCUUUGCAUACCCAUUUAUGCCCUCUACAAGAUCUCAAGGUCCCCAGGAGCCACCUUCAGAGAGCGGUUGAAGUUCUCUUGCCGGCCACAUCCAAAGUGGGGCCCUGCACUGAGGGAGCACCGGACAGGCCGCUACGCCCCCCUGGCCUCCGAAGAAACUGUGGAGACUCGCCCCCUCAAGGAUAAGGAGGAGCUGAAUGAGGAGCCGAAGGAAGAGGCGAAGGAGGAGGAGACGGAGAGGAAGGAUGAUAUCAGCCUCACCAUCCAGGGAAGCAACGGCUCCACCAACACAACACACAACAGCCCCAACCCCAGCGCAUAGACGGCCCCCGUUCUGCCAGCGCUAUCCAGGGCAGCGCCCCCCCAGUGCUCCACCAUCUCUUCCUUCUCCUCCAUCCUCACCCCACUUUCCCACAGUCCUCUGUGGGGGAGAUCCCAUUCGCUGGAGACCUUUACAUAUUGUAAGGGCUUAUUAUAUCUAUCCUAACCUCUUCUAUCCAUCUGUGUGUUGUCUCUAGAAGAAACGAAGAAGAACAAAAAAGACGAAAGGAAAAAAAUUGGGUGUGCGGGUGGGUUGUUAAUUUGUUACGCAUAAUUUAAUAAUGCAGUUAGUUGUUCCUUUCACUUUUUUUGUAAAACGUGUACAUCUUCAUUUAGAGUUAGAGGUACAGUACAAUUGUGACGCUGUUGGUUUUGUGCAUGCAGCAACAUAGAGACACACACUGUUCUCCUUUAUUCUGUUAGCCUUGUCUGUUUAGGAACUGGUGACUUUCUAGCAGCAGUGUUUUGACAGCUGGAGACUUGAAAUGUGAUACACAGUAGUGCUGUAAUAAAGAGAAGCAGGGUGAACCGUGCCUGAACUGGCCAUUUGCAGUUUGAUAAUGCGGUAAGAUGGGCAUACAUUCGUUCAUACCAGUACAUUCACACUAUUGUACAUUUUACAGCACACAGUGACCUCAACCAUAGUUGAUCUCAGCUUAAGACUAAACAUGUUAUUUUAUGCUGCUGCUUCUUCAAAAAGUUCUUACAGAGCACACAUAUUUAACACCUGAGAUGGCGACUUACACUGAUUUUCUGUGGAAAUGUCCUCCACUUGUAACUUUUUCCACUAAAGCUGCUUAAACUUUGUAAACUCAGCAGAGGAAUAUCAGUUAACAGUGCUGUAUUCUCUGCCUCUGCAUUCACACACACACACAAACUUUGUGGUUUCUUGUUGUUCCUUGCCUGUGGAAACCUUGUCUCCACUAAGGUGGCCUGUUAAAUAUAUGCGGACCGAAACCACUUAACUUGUCCCCGCUGUCUAAAAUCACCUAUACAUACACAUGAAACAUACAGAUGCAACUCUGUUCAUAGGAGAGCCAUCUCUCCUUAAGUCUUCCAGGCAUUAUUUUUGAGUGAAAUGCAUCUUGGGAUGUGAAGGAGGUACCGGGCUAGAGGACGUAGCUAGGUGUGUCGUAGUCUGUGUCUCCCAUAGGUCAUAACAAUCUGUCCCAUUAAGGCAUGUUACCAAAAACAUUACCUGAGUUACCUGCACAUGUUUUUGGCAACAUUAUAUACUGCAUAUCGCAGAAAUGCUGGUAUGGUGUCAGUCUUUUACAGUCAGUGGAACCUUUAAUGUAUUUACAGGUAUUUCUUUUAAAUCUCUGAAUCAAGCUGUGACUGGUUGAGAGACAAAAGACGGAGAGAGAUGUAGCUUUUUUCCAGAAGAAAAAAAUCUUAAAUGAAUGAUGUAGAUUUUAAUGUAGCUGUAUAGUAUUGUUCUCUCAGUAAAAAUCUCCUUUUUACCUCUCAUUAUUGUAAAGUAACUUAGUAAAUAAUUAUAAAGACAGCAUAUGUUUAUUUUGCACAAAAAACAUGUAAAACUACAGAAUCAUAAUUAACCGUGUUUACCAUUCCUCGUCUGUGACUUGAUUCAUUGUGGUUUUGUUGUGGAGGGACAGAGAGGGGGUCUCUAUAGCAUGCACAAUUGGAUUGGUUUUGUAGUAGUGUGGUCGUAGAGGUUUCUGGCAGUCUAAAUACAGAACAAAUACGUGAGUUGUGUUUUUUGUCAUCUAGACAGCUGUGUGAAGAUCAUACGUUCCUUUGUCUUUUAGCUUUCCGGCAUUGAGGAUUGUUUUGGAUUGCAUCAGGUCUGGCUGUAAUGUUCCUUCACGUCUGGAGAACUACAGGGCUACAAUAACAGUAUUGGCAUGUGUGUCAUAAAACACAAAUUGUAUGUUGUAAACAACAUAUUUAUGGGUAGAGAGACUUAAAGGAGUAUAAUACUAUUUUUAAAUGUAUUGCUGAGAGUUAGCUGAGAAGAUUGAGAUACUACUUGCAUGUGUCUAUAGUAAAGAUGAAGCUUCAGACAGCACCUGGCUAGCUUAGCUUAGCAUAACGACUAAAGAAUUUAUGCCAAGCUGAGCAAAUGUUAGCUCCAACUUCGUAUUUCAGAGAGGUAUUCAUUUAUUUUCCAAUUCUAAGAAGGAAAGCACAAAAGCAUCUUUCCCAUGAAUAAUUUCUGUAUGUUGAUGCUUAUUAGUAAUUUCAACAAUUUUCAGAAAUAAUGAUGCACAACUUCAGAUUAUAUUCGCACAUUCUUUGUUUUCUUUGACCACUAUUCCCCACAAUGAUUUACUUAGAAGUGUUGUUUACAUGACAGUGCACUUCCUGCUGUGAUCCACAAGAUGGGGUGAUACUGACACUUAGGGUAGUACGCACAACAGAGGUGGAACUGUGAACUAAAAAUCAACACCAGAAAGUAUUACAUAUUAAGGGCGUGACGAAGGGUGGGCAAUGCAAAGCACAGUAGUUCAAAUAAAUCAUGAUAAGCACAGUGAGCUUCUGAAAAAGCACACAUUUCUACACAAGUUUUUAACAGGUUUGUUAAGAGAAACAUACAGUGCAAUGGCUGUUUCCAUAUAUGGAGAAUUGUAUCCUUGGUUGGUAGUUAGUUGUCUUUUUUUACAUUCUGGUGCUCUAUCAAACAAUACAUUCACCACCUACUAAUUUAAACAUAUUGCUUACUCCAAGUCAAAAUUCCAAUCUUAGGAGUGCUGCACUUUCUAGAUGAGGUUUUGUUUGCUGAAAAGAUCAAUACGAAGUUAUUAUUCUCAGUGCAUAUUGGGACAGCUUGCAGACCAUUUCCUGUUUUUACAGUUGCCUGUCGUGUUCAUGCUGUAGUAGGUGAGGCUUAGCCACCAUGUUUCCAUGCUAUCGCUCUCCAUACCCCUUACCAUUACUCCGCUGCCCCCCACAACUCUUCCUCCCUUUGUACAGUAAUGUAAAAAAUAUAUAAUCGGACUGUGUAUGUGUGUGUUCAUCUUUGAUUUUAUUUCGAGGGGGGGUAAGUUUGUUUUUGCGGGUUCAGGGAGGGCGGGUAAUGUUUAAUUUUGUUUUAUGAUUUGUCAUUUUUCUUGUAGUGUAAUGUAGAAGAUGUCAGGUGUAUUGUGUACUCUGUGUGUAGUGGAUCUGCUCGUACUGUUGAGCCUGCAUGUAGAGCAGGAGUAGUGUAAGUGUUGAUGUCGAUGUACCUCUAACCCAUCAGAACUAGCCAAGUCUUAUUCUGCUAAUAAUAUAGUCUACCUUUUAAGAAAAAAAAUGGUUGUACUAAAAGAAGAGAAAGAAAACUACAUAUUUUAUCUUCAGAUUUUAAUAAUUGUUUAUCCAAUGUUAAAUGUCACUACUUUUUUUGUUGUUUUUGAAGUAUUAAUUGAAACGUUACGAUAAAGCCAGCUAAUAUUAAAAAAGCAUUUCCAAACAAAAUCUUUGGAUCGAAACUUGAACUACGAAAGAAUGGUUAGUUUUUAAGGUGAGCUCUGGUGUAGAUGGCGGCUGCAGCUACAUGACGAUGCUUUUUUUUUAAAGAACAAUAUCACAGGAACUACAUUUUACACAGUGCAGUGCCAACAGUCGUACAUUACUGUUUAAUAUUCAGUGGCCCUUAUCUGAACUUUUUUUUGUCUAGCUGUUACAAUAUUUUUAAAUAUUAGCAAAAUCAAAACACCAAAAUUACUCAGCCUCUAACAUUGAUUUAGCAUCAGGACCCAUUAACUCACAUUUUCAUUCUUGUGCAGCUCUGAAUUAUAAUAUCAGGACAUCAUUUUGUUUUAUGUGGACAUUUUAGACAAUUGUGUGCCAUCAGACAAGGGUAUAGUGACUAUUAUAUUUUGACUUAUUUCUCUUGUUGGUAAAGUAAACCUUCAGUUAUCUGGCUACCAAAAGAGAAGGACCAACUACGUCCUACAGGAAACUUAAAAAAAAAAAGAUCAACACAAUUGAAAAUAGUUCAUAACUGACUCAUGUCUUCAGAUACUAAUAUGCUAUUGCCUAUUGUCAUCUUACACUGAUGUUUAAGAACUACGUGAAGCAUUUGACCAUUUGUAUACACAAAUUCACUGCACAAGUGUUCUACUGUACUAAAGAACUGUGACUUCACCUUGUUUCUGUGGUUCUCUGUAAAUUACAGAACAUUACCUCUUGAAUUUCUUGCUACUGCUCACAUAAAUAUACCAUUAUGUUUCAGCACUUUAAAGAAGUCAUUCGUUUUUCGUCUAAGCAACAGGAAAAAACAUAAUUAGAAUAAUCAUUUGAAAAAAAGAACCAAGUUGGGUAAAUAAUGUCUUAAUUUCAGUGGUCUGUUUGAAAUAAACUGUGCUGGUGUCAGUGGACAAAUGCUGUGUUGUUGCUAUGCCAAUGUACAUUGUUUCAUGGGAGGAGUGGAGAGAACACAGUCCUUCUGGUAUCCUCUAUCAUAUAUAUCUGUCAAUCUAACGAUGUCUGUUCUUCACCCUUUAGGGCCAAAAUCCAUUGAAAUGUCUUAGUCCUGUCAGCUGUAUAUCGUAAACUGUUGAAUUACAAAAUGCUAAAUAAAAUCUAUUUUAAAGAUCA